UUACCACCAAAGAACAUGAUUUUGGUCUAGGGGCUCCAGUUUCCGAAGCUGGAAAAUACCAGAAUACUCUCCAGCUAGAACAACAAGUGAGAACUCAAGAUAAAUUCAUCUCUACACUGAAAUUACAGAUUGAAGAUCUCAAGCAGACAAAUCAUGCCUUGAAAGAAUAUGUUAGAAACCUCGUGAAUAGUAAGGAGGUGGUAAGCAAUCAAAUAGACAAUUUAACCAGCCACAAUGAGCACCUUUGCAAAGAAUUGAUUAAAGUUGACCAAUUAGCAGAGCAAUUAGAAAAACAGAAAAAUUUUGUGGUGGAUACCGCCGACAAGGAACUUGAAGAAGCCAAGAUUGAACUCAUUUGCCAGCAAAAUAAUAUAAUAGUAUUGGAAGAUACAAUCAAAAGACUAAAAUCUAUAAUUUUAGAGACUGAAAAAGCACAAAAUAAAUCUCCUUCCAGACUCGAUUCCUUUAUCAAGACCUUAGAAGCAGACAAAGAUCACUACAAGAGUGAAGCUCAGAACCUGAGAAAGAUGAUCAGAAGCAGUUCUAAAAGUCCAAGACGCCUGUCCCCGUCUUCCCGGGCUACACACUGUGAUGUAGAGCUUUUGAAGACCACACGAGACCGUGAAGAACUUAAGUGCAUGCUGGAAAAAUAUGAGCGUCAUUUGGCAGAAAUUCAGGGUAAUGUCAAGGUUCUUACAUCUGAGAGAGACAAGACCUUUCUUCUUUAUGAACAGGCGAAGGAAGAAAUUGCCCGGCUUCGCCGAGAAAUGAUGAAAAGCUGUAAGUCUCCUAAAUCAACAACUGCACAUGCCAUCCUCCGGCGGGUGGAGACUGAAAGAGAUGUAGCCUUCACUGAUUUACGAAGAAUGACCACAGAACGAGAUAGUCUGAGGGAAAGGCUAAAGAUUGCUCAAGAGACAGCGUUUAAUGAGAAAGCUCACUUGGAACAGAGGAUAGAGGAGCUGGAGUGUACAGUUCAUAAUCUUGAUGAUGAACGUAUGGAGCAAAUGUCAAAUAUGACUUUGAUGAAGGAGACCAUAACCACUGUGGAGAAAGAAAUGAAAUCAUUAGCAAGAAAGGCAAUGGAUACCGAAAGUGAACUUGGCAGGCAAAAAGCAGAGAAUAAUUCUUUGAGAGUUUUAUAUGAAAAUACAGAAAAAGACCUUUCUGAUACUCAGCGACACCUUGCUAAGAAAAAAUAUGAGCUUCAGCUUACUCAGGAGAAAAUUAUGUGCUUGGAUGAAAAAAUUGAUAAUUUUACAAGGCAGAGUAUUGCCCAGCGAGAAGAAAUCAGCAUUCUUGGUGCAACCCUCAACGAUGUAGCUAAAGAAAAGGAAUGCCUGCAAGCAUGCUUGGAUAAAAAGUCUGAGAAUAUUGCAUCCCUUGGAGAGAGUUUGGCCAUGAAAGGGGUUAACUGCUUUGCUAAUGGAUAUGUUAACCAUAUUCCAAUAUCCAUCUGCACCAUUCUACCAGGAGCAGAAUGGGAAACCAGAGUAAAAUUACCCUCGAGAGGAGCACGAAAAGACCAUUUGCAUCUGCCAAGGAAAGGGAAGGAAAAACAGCAGAGAACCACAAGACCACAGGUAACGUUCAAGAGCCUCGUGAAUGCAAGUAGAAAUGUCUCUUCUGAUGUACUCUUUGAUUUGUGCAAUAGACAGUCUACUGAAGCGCUAAUUAUGUGUGAACAAGACAUUUCCAGGAUGCGCCGGCAGUUGGAUGAAACAAAUGAUGAACUGGCUCAAAUUGCCAGUGAAAGAGAUAUCUUGGCUCAUGAGAAUGACAAUCUCCAAGAACAGUUUUCUAAAGCUAAACAAGAGAACCAGGCCCUGUCUAAACAAUUGAAUGAUACUCAUAAUGAACUUAAUGAUAUAAAACAGAAGGUUCAAGAUACUAAUUUGGAGGUUAACAAGCUGAAGAAUAUAUUAAAGUCUGAAGAAUCUGAGAACCGGCAACUAAUGGACCAACUCCAAAAAGCCAAUGAAGAUGCUGAAAAUUGGGAGAAUAAGGCCCGGCAAGCAGAGAUAGACAACAAUACCCUCAAAUUAGAACUUAUCACUGCUGAGGCAGAGGGUAACAGAUUAAAAGAAAAGGUAGAUGCCCUCAGUAGAGAGGUCGAGCAGCACUUAAAUGCAGAAAGGUCUUACAAGUCCCAGAUUUGUACGUUGCAUAAAUCUCUUGUGAAGAUGGAAGAGGAGCUUCAGAAGGUUCAGUUUGAAAAGGUGUCUGCCCUUGCAGAUUUGUCUUCCACAAGGGAACUUUGUAUUAAACUUGACGCAAGCAAAGACCUUCUUAAUCAGCAGA